CUCUGCUAGGGAACCCCUCCCCAGGUCCAGUUCGUUAUCGUGUGCGUGCAAAGGGCCGCGGGGUCAAGAUGGAGACCAUCUCCCGGAUAUCCUCGAUGCUGGAAACAGCUCGAGAGCUCACCCUUGAAGCAGCCCAGUCUGCAGCCAUGAGUAGGGGGUCUAGCACGGGCUUAAUGAACCGGAACCUGACUACAUCUCACAUCAAAAAGCUUCUGGACAGUCGCAAUGACCGAGAGGUUUUGGACGGCAUGCGCCGGGUGAUUACGUUGAUGUACCGAUCCGAACCGUCCCUUCCUUUCUUCUCUGCCGUUGUCAAAAACGUGGCCAGUGCGAACCUCGAGGUGAAGAAGUUGGUCUAUAUCUACUUGGUCCAUCAUGCGGAGGCGGAACCGGACCUUGCGCUCCUAUCUAUCAAUGCAAUCCAGAAGUCGCUUACCGACCAGAACCCCCACGCGCGGGCUAUGGCGCUUCGCACAAUGUCCGGGAUUAGGGUGCCUGUUAUCAGUCAGAUUGUGUCGCUUGCAAUCAAGAGAGGCUGCGGCGAUAUGAGCCCGCAUGUCCGCAAAGCGGCAGCGUUGGCCAUUCCAAAGUGUUAUCGGCUGGACCCGAAUACCCUCCCUCAGCUUAUUGGGUAUCUCACUACUUUACUCGGCGACACCCAGUAUUUUGUUCUCGGGCCCGCGGUUGCCGCCUUCCUGGAUGUUUGUCCGGACAGGAUCGACCUCAUUCAUAAGCAUUACCGGAGCCUCGUCAAGAAGCUGGUCGACAUGGACGAAUGGAGCCAGAUCUCAACACUGCGCCUUCUGACAUUCUACGCCCGGCAGUGCUUCCCACGCAAGACUCAAAAAGGUAAACAGGCCGUGUCUGAAGGCUUCUACGAGGACGAGAAGGUGCCGGAGAGCAACAGUGAUGGUAAUGGCGAUGAAGUGCUUGUGCUGGAUCCUGACCUUGAGUUUCUCCUACGUACCUGCAAGCUGUUGUUGCAGAAUCGCAAUUCUGCUGUCAUCGUCAGUGUUGUCCGAUGCUUCCUUUACCUUGGUACUCCAGAGUACCUAGAUGCCGCCAUUGGUCCUCUGGUUGCAUUGCUCCGGAGUCCACAAGACACGCAACAUGUUGCGCUUUAUAAUAUUGUUGCUGUUGCACUAAAACACCCCAAGCCAUUUACGAGAUAUGCAAACCACUUCUUAGUCCACGCGGUUGACCCGCCUCAUAUCUGGCGUCUCAAGCUGGAAGUGCUCACGUUAAUCUUCCCCCACUGUGGCCUGCACUUGAAGGGUGUGAUCCUCAGCGAACUUGAGCAUUUCUCACAGAGCACAGAUCCAGAUCUGGUGCGGGAAAGUGUACGUGCUAUAGGACGCUGCGCACAGAGUGAUCCCAGCACAGCCGAUCACUGCCUCAGCGUGCUUUUGGGCCAGAUUACAAGUCUUGACGAUAAUCUUGUCUCAGAGUCGCUGACUGUCGUCAGACAUCUCAUUCAGCAGGACCCUCCUUCUCACGAGAAGACAGUCAUUCAGCUUGUGAAGCAUCUAGGACUAACGAAGAAUGCGGAUGCUAGAGCAACAAUUGUUUGGCUGGUCGGAGAAUUUGCGGGUGUCGAGCCAGAGAGAAAUAUUGCAGCCGAUAUACUCCGCAUUCUGGUACAAGACUUUGCCAAUGAAUCAGAGGCUGUGAAACAGCAAAUCAUCCUUCUGGGUGCAAAGGUUUAUCUGCAUCACCUGUUGCGAAACCCUCCAAAGGAGGCGCCUCCACCGGAGCCCAAGCCUGAGAGGAUUGUCAACGAGUGGACGGAAAAUGAGGAGGAACGCAAGGAGGAAGCCGGCGACGAAGAGAAACAAAGUGACGAGCCCGAAGAAGAUAGGAUGACUUUGCUCUGGCGGUACCUCCUACUUCUGGCUAGAUAUGACUCCUCUUACGAUCUCCGUGACCGGGCCCGUCUAUACAAGGCCUUGCUGGCUUCUCCCUCUUCUACACAACUGGCUAACCUGCUACUACUUGCACCGAAACCCGUUCCCCACGCCCCGAGCCCGUCGGAGACGCGCAAGGAUCUACUGGUUGGCUCCUCGACCCUUGUCGUUGGUCCUGAUGCCGGCAUGCUUGGCCUAAAAGGCUAUCAGAAUCUUCCAGACUGGGCUGAGUCGGGACAAGAGCCCGAUCCUCGCCUCCGGGAGAAUGAGAUCAGACCCGAAUUUGCAGAGAAGUCUUCCAUGACUGCAGGCGAGCGGCUUGACCGAGCCCUCAAGGAACAUGAGAGUAGCGUUGCGACUUCAAGCAGGCACCAGAAUGGCCGCGUGGGAGUGGGUGGUUCCUCGUCAAAAGGAAAGUCACUCGACGAAUGGCUGGAAGAGCCCGAGACCGAAUCUGAAGAGGAGACAGAGACAGAGGAAGAGGAGACUGACUCUGAAUAUGAGGAAGUGACGGACGACGAGGAAACAGACGAAGAGGAGGAGACGGAUGAGGAGUAUGAAACCGACUCGGAAGAGCAGGCGCAGAGUACGGGACUCUUGAGGCAGUGAUACCCAAAUCAGGGAUGAGAUGUGUAUAGACUAGCUGCAUAAAUCGAAGAUUACUAUAUAUCUUCAAAUCUAG